AUGACAUUCGUUGCCCCCAUUCUACUCUCCGUAUUCUUCACAGCAGUUGCAUACCACCACCCGCAAACCCACCCUUUUACCCACAUCACCUCUACGCCAACCGGAUCCAUAAUGCCGCUGAACCCUCUUUCGCCCGCCCGGCGUCUCGAAACCUGGCGCCACCUUGCCUGUAUCUUGGAUUUGCAGGAGCGGUAUGAUCCUAACACCACUCCCUCGGAUCACUUCGAGUUCCUAACCCCAACCGAUAUCAACAUUCGCGCGGACAACCUCUGGAAACUCGGCCUACCCCUGAUGACGCAGAAUUUCCUCUGUGCGCUUAUGCAUUUCCAGGCCGCGAUGCGCUACACCAUCGAACCCUCCAUCAUCGACUCCAACGGUGAAAUCGACCAGGCAGCCCCCCUCACCGACGUGCUUGCCCCGUAUCUCUCCGACUCCUCAGCCUUCUGCCGAGACGAAAAACCAUACGCCCGCAUCUUCGAGCUUCAGGCGAAAGUUGAUGAGCUGUCCGAGGAGUUCGGUGAGAAGUUCCUCUGGGUACCAUGCGUCACUGAUACUAUCCUGAAGCCUAUGUGGGAGAUUGGGCAAGCGCUGCGCCGCCAACUCAACGAAGGCGUGCAGAUGCUUGUGGGCUGUUACACUAGCCAAGACACUUAUGAGCCCACCGGUGCUGACAUUCAGGUAUCUGAAGUGUCGAGCGUGUAUGUCGGACCCCCGGAAGUCUGCGCCAUCUGCCUCGAAAACACUGGCGCGGUUAAUGGAGUUACUACUGGCUGUGGCCACACUUUUCACUCUGAUUGUCUGGCAAAAAUGAUCAACGGUGUUACCGAUUCCAGCAAUUUGUGCUCCUACUGUAGGUUCGUCAUUUGUGAGCGCCGGUCUCGUCUUCCGGGCCCAACACAACACAUCUUCGACCAACACUCCGCACUUGUUGGUAUACACGCCAUCGCUUUCGCCCGAGAAGACCUCAGUUGCCUCAAAGCGCUGUACAAGCAGGUCUUUGGGGGCUUUCCACCUCGAAUUUGGUUAGCCGAUGAAGAUCCGGAGCAGUGCGCCUGGCAGACUUGGGAGCAGCUCCACGAAACCCCGAACAACGAGCUUUCUGGACAUGAGCCUGAAUACGAUACUGAGGCCGAUCUCGGUGACCACCGGCGCGAAUUCGAUGAUUAAAGGGGACAGAGAUGACCACCAACGCGCUCUGUCCGAGUCCUGAAGAAAC